AUGGCCGAUCAACCGCCUCUUACCGAGAAAGGCCAUGCAGUCCGCACCCUGGUCGAGGCCGACCUGCUGGAUGAGCGCUAUGCGACCACCCAGCGCGGUCUGAAGAACCGCCAUGUCCAGCUCAUGGCCCUCGGAGGCACGAUCGGAACGGGGCUUUUCGUAUCAUCAGGUCAAUCGCUCGCCACAGGGGGUCCCGCAUCGCUACUCCUGGGGUAUAUCUUCAUUUCGAUGGUGGUUUUUGGCCUGGUCACAGCCAUCGCUGAGGUCGGCGCCUAUCUUCCGGUGCAUGGGGGCACAAUGAGCUACCAUGGAUUCCGAUACGUGUCGCGCAGUCUGGGGUUUGCCAUGGGAUACUUGUACUGGUAUUCGCUGGGAAUUCUGGUACCGUAUGAGAUCACGGCCGCAGGGCUGGUCAUCGGAUACUGGGAUACAGAUUCCAGCAUCAAUAUCGCGGUGUGGAUCACCGUCAUGAUGGUGGUGAUCAUUGCCCUCAAUUUUCUGCCCGUGCGAUUCUACGGCGAGUCCGAGUUUUGGUUCUCGGGGAUCAAGAUUAUCACCCUGAUCGGCCUUCUCGCCCUGUCGUUUAUAUUGUUCUGGGGCGGUGGGCCGAAUCGCCAGCGACUGGGGUUUCACUACUGGAAACAGCCCGGGUCUUUCAACGAGUCUCUUGCGCAGGGAGAUGCCGGGCGAUUUGUGGGCUUGCUGAAGUGCACCGUCAGCAGCGCCAUUGCCUUUAUCUUUGCCCCGGAAUUGAUCAUCAUCAGUGGCGGCGAGAUGGAAUCGCCUCGGCGCAACGUGCCCUCGGCCGCACGGCGGUAUAUAUACCGGCUGGUCUUCUUCUAUAUUUUCGGGGCCCUUGCCAUUGGGGUGAUUUGCCCUUCCAAUGCAAAGCGCUUGACCAACGACGAUGGCACUGUCAAUGGGUCACCAUUUGUUGUGGGCAUUCAGAAUGCCGGUAUCCCCGUUCUGGACCACAUUGUGAACGCCGCAGUCUUGACGUCGGCCUGGUCUGCCGGUAACUCGUUUUUAUAUAUGUCGUCCCGGUCGCUAUAUUCGCUGGCCAUGUCAGGCAAUGCGCCCAGCAUUUUCAAGGCCUGUAACCGGUGGGGUGUGCCGUAUUACGCCGUGGGAGCCUCGUCGUGCUUCUCCGCACUCGCAUACCUCUCCGUCGGCAAUUCCAGCUCCAUCGUGUUCAACUGGUUUGUCAACUUCACUAACACGUCGGGAUUUAUUUCCUGGAUCUGUUGCUGUGUCGUGUACUUUCGGUUUCGCAAGGCAAUCCAAAGGCAGGGCAUCGAGCUGCCAUACAAAUCGCGGCUGCAGCCUUACGGGGUCAUCUUUGGUCUCUUUGGAGCCUCGUUCAUGGCCCUCAUCAACGGUUUCACUGUGUUCUUCCCGUCUGAGUGGUCUGUCAGCAAUUUUUUCACUGCGUACAUUGGUAUUCCUGCCUUCCUGGUGCUUUAUUUCAGCCAUCGAGUUCUGUUUUGGCACGAUCCCUGGGCAUGGCGUCCCGAAGAGGUGGAUAUGCACACGGGGUUGCAAGAAAUCAUUGCAGCCGAGCAGCCGCCCAGACCCCGCGGGCCGUGGUGGAAAUUUUGGUGA